GAGAUCAGCGGCAAGUUCCAUAGGAUGUACCAGAGUAGACAGCAAUGUUCCCCAGCCGCGCUGCGUCUAAUGUCCGGUAGGCAGUCAGGGGCCCGAAUGGGUUCGGGGCGUAUAGACCGGGUAAGCAAAAGGAGCCCGCGCCACACUGGCAACACCCCGAGAUCUGCCUUUCUAUCGUCGACUAUGUUUCGUGUAUCAAGUAACGGCUUGUGAAGGCUUCAUAGAACGGUGCUUUGUAGCAUAACUCAGCUGUAUUGGUCUGCGCUUUCCCCUACAUUAGUACUGUUGGUUUGCAAUAUGGCAUAUCUUAGGUACUCUCAAAGUCUGAUACGCACCGAAGCUCACCAUGCCUCCAAACCUUGCCACUAUCAAGAACUCCUUGAAUUCGGCACCAACCUCGCAAGCAAGGCAACCCUUGUUCCCCUUAGAGGAACUCGCCUUAAGAUGUACCAAGAACGCCAUCAUAGUGAGCCAGUAUCUCGCGGCUCAUGAUCAGCCACAACCAUCGCAUGAAUCUCAUGGCCCACGCAGCACUCUUCCCAAGGCUGCACCGCGUAACAUCCAACAGGCACGGCAUGGUCUUAUGUCUUCUGCCUUGGAGCUUUUCCAGCUUGCUGCAGGACCCAGCGAGUUCGUUCCUAAUCUCGCUCCCGGUUUCCAGUAUGUGGCCUGCCUUAGCUGGCUACUUCACUUCGAUAUUUUCCAUCUCGUUCCCGCAUCAGGAACCAUCUCUUACGAGGACUUAGCUGCAGCGGCAUCUAAACGGGCCAGUAGCGGCAUCGCUGUCCCUGUAGCACGUCUUCGGAGCAUCGUUCGUAUGGUCAUGACUUCAGCCCUGUUCCGUGAACCCGAACCGAACCAAGUCGGCCACUCGGCCACCUCAGCUCUGCUGGCACAAGACGCAGACGUGCAUUCCUGGGCGUCCUAUCUCUCCAAGCGCUCAGCACCUACAGCUCUUGCUAUGACCACAGCACACGACCGCUUCACACCCGCCAGUACCGUUCGGAAUGAGACCGCCUACAACAUCGCCUUCGGCACCGAGCUGCCCUUCUUCGACCACCUCGCCUUAGAUGCCGCCAACGCGGCCGAGUUUGCUGGAUAUAUGCGCAACGUGACGACUAGUGAAGCCAUGGAUGUCAAGCACUUGGUGAACGGAUACCACUGGGCAGGCCUCGGGCGUGGGCCAGUCGUCGAUGUCGGGGGCUCAACAGGGAAUGCAGCCAUCGCCCUCGCGCGAGGCUUCCCCGAGCUCACUGUCAUCGUGCAGGACCUCCCCGUCAAUGCAGAGGCUGGGCGUCAGGCCGCCGAGGCAACGUUGCCGGCCCAUGUCCUUUCGCGCAUUGUCUUUCAAGGUCACGACUUCACGCAGCCACAGCCCGUCGCUGACGGUGCCGUCUACCUCUUGCGCAUGAUCCUCCAUGACUGGCCUGACGAUACAGCAGUCACGAUCCUGAAAAACCUGGUACCCGUCCUAGCCAAGGGGGCCGCGAGGCUCCUGAUCAUGGACACAGUUUUACCAACGCCGGGGCAGGUUCCCUGCUCGGUGGAGCGUGUCGUGCGUGUGCGUGACAUGACCAUGAUGCAGGUCUUCAACGGCCAUGAGAGAGACCUCGACCAGUGGCGGGCAUUGCUGGUGGCGGCAGAUAAAAGGUUGCGGCUGCGGCAAGUCAUAACGCCAUUUGGAAGCGCUAUGUCAUUGUUGGAAGUAGACAUGGCGGGUGCUUUACAAGAGGAGAGCGCCGAGGAGGACGUUUGGGAGAUUAGUGGAUAGGCACAGAACGUGUGUUGUCGUCAAAUUCUUAAUGGCCUGCCAGUGCUAUUGAGACAUAGAGCGAGCAACAUCGUCCUACUGCCCCCCUCCUUCAACUCACGUAGUCUAUCUAGUUACUCUGUCGUGAUAGCGCCCCACGUGGACGCCGUCAAAGAGAUGGCGUUUCUGCUGAGAUAUC